ACAGUGAGAGGAAAGAGAGAGAGAGAGAGUAAAGAGUGGAAGAGAGACAGUGAGAGGAAAUAGGAAGAGACAGAGAGAGAGAGAGAGAGAGAGAGAGAGAGAGAGAGAGAUGGAGCUCGUAACCGGACGCACGUGCGGGGAGAAGCUACGCUACUGAAACUUAAACGCAGUCAGAAGAAAAGAAAGAAAGAGGGAAAGGAAGGAGUGCAGGAUGGAGUCUCUCUCUCUCUCUCUGUGUAGUCGCGCGCUCUGAGAGGAGCCCUGGUGCUCGUGCUGCUGCUGCUGCAGGUGCUGCUGCUGCGCGCGAUGGGCUGCGUGCAGAGCCUGGGCCGCUGUAAGCCCAAAGGGUUCCGCGAGGGCGUGUGCGUGCUGGAUCUGAGCGCGUGCAUCGACCCGGACCCCACGAGCGUGGACGAGUCCUCCUCCGUGGUGCUGCGCUACCGGACCCCGCACUUCCGCGCCAGCGCGCGCGUCUGCGUGCCGCCCGUGGCCGCCAAAGAGACGUGGACGGUGGGCUGGAUACAAGCGUGCAACCACAUGGAGUUCUACAACAAAUACGGAGCCAAAGGGAUGUCCAGCUGGGAGCUUCCUGACCUGCGAGAUGGGAAGAUUCAGGCCAUCAGUGACUCAGAUGGAGUUAAUUACCCCUGGUACGGCAACACCACAGAAACGUGCACCAUUGUGGGUCCAACAAAGAAGGACACCAAAUUCACCGUCAGCAUGAACGACAACUUCUACCCGAGCGUGACUUGGGGCGUCCCAGUUAGCGACAGCAAUGCUCCGAUGCUCAGCAGCAUCUGGAGGGACCAGAGCUUCACCACGUGGCUGGUGGCCAUCAACCAGGCGUCUGGAGAGACUCUGGUGCUGCAGACGGUGCGCUGGAGAAUGCAGCUGCACAUUGAGGUGGACCCGGAGAAGCCGCUGGGGAAAAGAGCCAGGCUGUGCGAGCCAGUCGCUCAGGAACAGCCACAAGUGCUGGUCAAAAAUGAGCCCAUCCCACCAAACGCCAUGGUCAAGCCCAAUGCCAACGACGCUCAAGUCCUAAUGUGGAGGCCCAGGACUGGGGAGCCAGUGGUGGUCAUCCCACCCAAGUACUGAGAGAGAUUUUGAGAUAUUUUUUUUUGUUGUUGUUGCAUUUUCUUAAGAAGUUAAAACCACAAGUAAUAGUCUGGAUUGUCUUGCUCCCCUGGAAAUGUGAAAAAGGAGCUUAAGAAAAAAGUGCAACCUUUCUACCUUCAAAAAUGACUCGGGAACCACUGUGCUAAAUCAUUGCAAAAAGAAAAAAAAAUACACUGGCUAUUUUCUUUCUUUUUUUUCCCCCCAAUUUUUGAUGAUGACCGGGACUGGGUGUGCAAGUGUUUUUUGAUAGCAUUGCAGCCAUAUAUGAGAAUGUGGCAUAAUUAGUAUGUGUGCGCUGGAAACAGCAGUUGUAUUUAUUUAUUUGGGUGGGUUAUGUAUUGCUAAAGGCACCUUUUUGUGCUUAUGAGUGAGGAAAAAAAAUAUGAGUGCAGAAUGACACUUGUUUUUGUUUGUGGAAUUUUUUAAAACAUCCAAGACAUUUGAUCCAUGCUGCCUUAAGUUUACAUUGCUUUUCACAAACUUUGCAAACUGUUUAGCCUUAAAAUGAUGUGCAAUGCAGUAAACUACAGAAGCCUGUUCCAGCCAGAUACAGGAGAAAAAUAUCCUUUUCUGUUUCUGGCAGCAGUUUGUCAAAAAUUUUAAUCACUUACAUUCUCAGAGUAUUCGUGUAGUAUCUCCAAACAAUUGAACUUAUUAACUUAAUUAACUUAUUCAUUCAAAAUUUGUACUUUUUAUCUCAAAUAUUGACUGAAAUACUUAUAGUAUCCUAAAAUAUGGAAUGACUAUGCUGAAACAAUGAGUUAUUAUAUUUUUUAAAAGUAAUUAUUUCGAGAUACUGUAAAUAUUUCAAGAGAAUAAAUAUUUAUUUUGAGAUAUUGAGCCAAUAUUUCAAGAAUUUUUUUUCCCAGAUACAAAGUCAUAUUUAAAGACACAAACUCGAUAUUUCAAGAUGUCACACAUUUGGAAUAUUAAGUCAAAAUUUUGAGACAUGUCAUUUGAAGAAAAGUAAUUAUUCUGAAACACAAUUCAAGAGGAGUCAAUAUUAUGAGAUAAUAAGUCCAUAUUUUGAGAAAGUAACAUAGUUUGAAGAAAAGUCACUAUUGUCAUAUCUUAAGUUGUUAUUUUAUGUCAAGUUGUUAUUUUACGUAGUAAGUCAAAAAUAUUUGAGAAAAUAAGUGAUUAUUUUGAGAUAUGUCAGUUUUAAAAUUAAAUCACUAUUUCGAGACUAAAUUUUGACAAACUACUACCAACAAACAGAAAUGGAGAAAAAAAAAGGUGUUUUUUUUCUCAUCUACCUGGAUAGGAAUGGGCUUCUAUAGAAAACCCUCAUCUACCCACUCAUGAUGUGUGGUAGUCUACUUGUGUGAUGGGGCGAGUGUCCCUUUUUUUCCUUUUAAUAGCUCCUUCCCCCAUUCCCCUCUUCUUAAAGCAGAGAUGAUCUGUGGUUUUAUAACUAGAUAAAUGAGUAAGAAGAGACAUUGUUGGGGAUAGGAUUGGGAUCCCAUUUGGUACAAAUGCCAAAUUGUAGGCUUCAAAGAUGAGGCAGCGUGAAGGAAACUUCAUCAGCUUCAUUAGUGCUUUCAAAAUAAACACAAUGUUCUCUUGAAAUCAACAGAACAAGGCACAUCGUCAGCGAUUAACUAUCAACUAGGAAGAUAAAGAGAGAUUUCAGCUGCGCUCUCAUUCGGCUCAAACCAAUUUAGACUACUGCUGUCAGCCAGACGUCGCACACUUCAGGAGGGACCCACGUGAAUCACUCUGAGGACGUUGAAGAGAGUCUUCUGAAGCCACUCAUCCAGAAACCUCAACCAUCUUCCUCUUUCUCAGUCUUCAGAAGCAGCUGAUCUGGUUGCACCUCACCAAUAUGGAGUAGAGCUUAUAUUUGACAUAAUGUGAAGAUAUUCAAGGUACAAAAGCAGUAUUUAAAAUGACAUUAACAACAACAACAGCACAGCAACGGAACGCAGGCCACAAGUACAUUUCUUUCAAGCUAUUAGCAAUGCAACGUCUGAACUGAUGUAUUUCUCAAACUUGGAAAUGUGCAAAAAUGAUGAAAAAUGUUGGAAAAAAAGAGUCUAUUUUCAAAUACACCCCGUCUGUCUUCUG